UGGUGCCUGAUGUGACAGCCCCUCAGGGCCCGUCCCAGGGGAUCAGCCUGGUGCUUCCUGAGUUAAGGGCUAGCAGAAGGAAAUGCGUAAGCAGGAUCACCACUGCUGCCUGUCCCACGGGCUCUGGGCACGGCAGGGCGCAGCUGGAGCCAGCAGUGGGAUGGAGAUCCUCAGGAGCAGAGGAAUGUCACAGGGGCUGCUGCUGUGCUGCACCUUUUGGGGACUCUGCCUGGCCUCUUCAGACUACGAUGACUACUCUCAGAACAGCACCAACGACCAGGAGCCAGCGGAGGCCACCCUGUGCCCCCGAGCCAUCCCCGGGGAGAAGGUCACCGUGAACAAUGUCACCUACCUGCUGGUCCGCGAGGCCACCCGCGCCCAGCUGCGCAGCGCGGUCACGGUGCGGCUCAUCCCCUGCCUCUACAGCCUCGUCUUCCUGCUGGGGCUGCCCUCGAACGGGCUGGCCCUCUGGGUGCUGGCCACCCGCGCCGAGAAGCUGACCUCCACCGUCUUCCUGAUGAACCUGGCCGCAGCAGACCUGCUGCUCGUCCUGGUGCUGCCCCUGCGCAGCGUUUACUAUUUCCUGGGGAACCACUGGCCCUUCGGGGAGGGGCUGUGCCGGCUGACCACGGCCCUCUUCUACGGCAACAUGUACUGCUCCGUGCUGCUGCUCACCUGCGUCAGCGCCGACCGCUACCUGGCCGUGGUGCACCCCUUCUCCUCCCGCUCCUUCCGCACCCCUGCCUUCGCCACCUGCACCUGCGCCGCCGUCUGGCUCUGCGCGGCCCUGCUGACGCUGCCCCUGGCGCUGCAGCAGCAGUCCUACCCCCUGUACGGGGCAGGCCUCACGCUCUGCCACGACGUCCUCCCCAGGCAGGAGGACGAGACCUAUUUCUUCUACUACUUCGUCUGCCUGAUCGCCUUCGCCUUCCUCGCCCCGCUGCUGGUGAUGCUCUUCAGCUACGGCUCGGUGCUGCGUGUGCUGCUGCGCAGCGGGAGGCGCUACUCGCACUCCGUGAAGCUCACCGCCCUGGUGCUCUUCACGCUCCUGGCCUUCUACACACCCAGCAACGUUCUCCUGCUUGUUCACUACUCCAGCUACAGCUGCAAGCUGCACAGCAACCUGUACAUCAGCUACAUGCUGAGCCUGGCCGUCAGCACCUUCAACAGCUGUGCGGAUCCCUUUGUCUACUACUACGUUUCCGAGGACUUCCGGGAUAAGGUGAGGAGGAAAUUCUUCAGCCGCAGAAAACAAACCACCACAUCCCUAAAAACCUCCAAGGAAACACUGCCUCCAAGGAGUUCUAAAGACUCCCUGGUGUAAGCCUCCGUCCCAGCUCCUUGCUCCCACCACACUCACAGCGUACAGUGGGGAUGAGACGACAACAGUGGAAUUCCACAAGUUUCCUCCAGAGCAGCGUUUCCCAGGAGACAAAUCCUUGCUCCUCCCUGCAUAGCUAAGACGACAAAUCUGGGCCACAGGGUUCCUUGAGAAGUAUGGAGUCCAGACAAGAUGUGGAGUGCUCGACAUGGACAGAUCUGUUGCUGGGACACUCACUGCAUGCAGCUCCUCAGCUGGUCACACGUUGCCAGGGAUGCUCUUGCCACACACCUAAGUCUGGUGUUCCCGGUGUGUCUUACAAGCUCAUUGCCAUCUCUCUGCUGCUUCUUCCUCUGCUAGAACUAGGAGGUGCCUGGGUGAGAGGGACUCUCCUGACCCAAAAUGUUCUGUCAUGAGAACGUAGGGCUCUGGCUUUUCUAGCAGCCAUGUGCUGGGCUUGGUUAGUCAGCACCACCGCAGCAAUGCCAGCCCAUGGCUGGUAACCAGUGUAAAACCCCAAUUACUAACUCCUGGCUUUGCAAUAACCCUUGGCAGCCACAGCUUCUGUGGGGCAAAGGCCAGGUGAAGGGACUGCUUCCAAAGCUGUGCUGUCUUUUGAAGGGAAAUCAAUUAAAGACCUGGGGAAACUCUUGCUCCACAUCUCCACACUUCCAUGUCAUGCCACACGCAUUUCAGCAGCUGUCUGUUAGGAACAGGUGACCAAGCUUGCUGCUCGUGGAACCUGUUGCACAUCUGACAAAAUGUAGCCAGCUCAUCUCUCAGGCACAACCUGGGCAUGCAGCAG